GUUUGUUUAAAUGCGAUCGUUCGAAAAUGUGCGCUGACUUCGAGGAUCUCGUUCCCGGUCAGCUUCAAUUGGUCGGACAGUUUUUGACAGACAAUGAAGGUGCUGACGCAGCUCUAUCAGUCGCUGAGCAAAGCUCUAAUGAAGGUUUUAUUGAACCGAACGAAGGUGGCGUUAGUAAAAUCAAUCCGAACGGUUUAUUGGCGAAGCUAGCAGCGCUGCCUUGUCAGCAACAGGAGAACUAUGACUAUAAUCGGUGUUACAGUUUUUACGCCAACGGGUGCUAUAACACGUGCCAGUUUGUCCAGGUGGGGGAUAUUGAGGAUUUUAUGAACAAUGAGAAACGUAAGGAAAAGUCCAGAGAUGCCGCCCGAUCCAGGAGAUCCAGGGAAACGGAGAUUUUCGCCGACCUGGGCACCGCCCUACCGAUCGCCCCCGACCAAGUCGGCCAGCUGGAUAAAGCUUCUGUCAUGCGGUUGGCCAUCUCGUUCCUGAGGGUCAGAGAUAUGAUCGGAUUGAUUCCAGUAUUACCCGUAAAAGAAAAACUCCCGAAACACCUCAAAGAGGAGCCGAUAUUCCUGAAAUCCCUGGAUGGGUUCCUGGUGGUGAUCUCCUCCGAGGGGGACUUCGUCUACUUGUCGGAGAACGUCAGCGACUACUUGGGAAUCGCACAGAUCGAUCUGAUGGGUCAGAACGUGUUCGAGUACAGUCACCCGUGCGACCACGAGGAGAUCAAAGACAUUCUGGCCUCGAAGAGCGGUUCGGACGUGCCCAAGUCCUUUUUCAUCCGUUUGAAGUGCACCCUCACUAGUAAGGGACGAUCGGUCAACUUGAAGUCGGCCACGUUCAAAGUUAUCCACUGUACGGGGCAUAUAAUUAAAGAUAAAUCGAUUAGCGAGGAGGAGAGUAAGGGAAGGAUAUCGAGCUGUUUGGUGGCGAUCGGGCAGCCCAUCCCUCAUCCCUCGAAUAUCGAUACGCCGCUGCCCAGGCAGACUUUUUUGACUAAACACAGUCUGGAUAUGAAGUUUACUCAUGCCGAUGACGAAUUUAUGCUAGAUGUACUAGGAUACACCUCGGAAGAUCUCUUAGGGCAAUCGGUAUAUGAAUAUCAUCAUGCUAUGGACAGCGAUGCCAUCGGGGCUGCAUACAAGUGUCUAUUUUCCAAGGGACAAUGCGAGACGAACCGGUAUCGCUUUUUGGCGAAAACGGGCGGUUUCGUAUGGGUUGUCACCCAGGCCACAUUGAUCUACGAUAAAAUGCAAAAACCCCAGAGCGUCGUCUGCGUUAACUACGUCAUCAGUGGUGUCGAAUGCAAAGAUGAAAUCUACGCUGCCCAUCAAUUAGUCCACGCUAAACCCAUAAUAGCCACCAAGAGUGUCAUUAUUAAUAGUGCGGAUCCGCCGGUGAUUUUAGUGGAGGACACCACUAUAAGCACCAAAACCCCUGUCGUCAACGAUAGUAAUAACAAUAGUAGUAAAAAAAUUACCGAAAAAGUGGUGGUUAGUAGUAAAAGCGAUAUUAAAAAGUCGGUGUCUCGACCGAUCUCGGUUACCGCCAAGUUCUUUGGCGGUUACGCGCCUCCUCCUCCUCACAAGGGGGCGCAUCAGGAGGCCUCCGUAGGCGGCACCAGGAGGACCACGGACACCAUUUUCGCACCCAAAACCGAGGAUAUGAACCAGGGCUUUCUGAUUCUAUCGGAGGAGGAACCCGGAGCAACAAUGCUUAAAGAGGACCCGGAGGAUCUCAAUUGUUUAGCUCCAGCUGCGGGCGACGCUUGUAUCCCGUUGGACGAUCAAUUGCCAAUUUAUUCCGACAUGUUUCUGGAUGACAUCCUCCUCAAGGAUAACAGUCUGGGCUCGUUCUUGGGCGCAGAGGAUCCCUCUGACCCUUAUAUGUCUUAUAGGGAGUACAGAGACUCCUCUCCACAACUCCUCUCACCUAAUAACAUGUCCAAGAGCUCGGACUGUAGCAUACCCUCCCUGUGUAGCCCAAACUCCUCACUCCUCGACGAAGAGAUGUCCACGUUCAUGUCCCUCCAAGUGGAAGACGAAACUGACCUGGUGAUGAAGGCACCGUACAUCCCGAUGAAUUUAUCUGAUGAUCUUCCAUUACUGGGCGAUCUGAUGUGGAACCAGAACGAGAAGAAUCACCAUGGGGGAGGUUCUACGCUUGCGCAGAUGUUGGGUACCAACGGGGCAAGUAAACGAACCGGGAAGUGUACGGAUCGUGGUGGAGGAGGAGGAGGUGGGGGAGGGAGAGGAAGAGGGAUGAUCAUGAUGGAGGAUUCCAGAACGGAGAUGUACGACGACAGUGAGAAAAAUUUACCGAUACGCAGCAGCUGGAGCACAAAACUGAGUCCGAAACUAGAAAUGGACAGUGUAGGUCAAAUGGACCGGUCGCCGUCGGUCGCUUUGAAACGGUCUCACGCCGGCAACCAGCAGCACAACCAGACGGCGACCAGCAACAACUUUGACCACAACCACCACCAAUCGAAACGGAUAAAAAGCGAACCGAAAGAGAAAAUGUCCUCGGAACUGUUUCACCAGUUGAUCUCGAACAACCACCAACGUGGUGGUGGUGGUGGUGGUCGACCGGGUCGGAAUAAAAGCGAUUGGUUAAGAGAUACCGGGGGCAAAGCCGCUUGUAUAUCGCAACCGAGCGAGAGCGUCUUAAUGAAUUUAUUGGAAAAUACUCCUCCAGACUCCCCCUCGCCUCCGCCCCUACUGGACAACGAGACUCAGAAAAUGGAAAUAGAGAUGGACCUGACCACGCCCCUCUUCGCAGCAAAAAAGCGAAUGUUGCAACAACGCGAGAAGCAAAAACAGGUGGAGGAGAGCAGGAGGAACCUGAUCAGGAAGAAUUCGUUGUCCUUGUUGGACCCGGAGGCGACCAGCGUGGCCUCCUUGCUGGAUCUGACACAGCAGGACUGUGAGGUGAACGCCCCGGUAAACAGCAGCUCCCUGUUGCAGGGCGAGGAGCUAUUGAAAGCGCUGGAAGUUGCGCAGCUGAUGUAGCUAGGGGAGUCGGUAGCCGAGUCCUCGAAGCUGAACUCGGCGCCGCCGUCACCACGUCGAGAGUUUGAAAUUCAAUUGUUCACAGUGGAGGGGGAACUUGUCAGUGUACAAAAUUUCAAGGUCGUUUUAGGUGACCCGGUUGUCGCGUAAAUGGAGGAUUGCUCAAUAGUUUUAUGGAAAGAAAAGGGGGAGGGGGUUUUUUGGCGGCACUUUUGAAAACUGACUUCUUUGAGUUUUUUGUUUUAUGUGAUUAUCUUUGAUCGUUUUGGUGAUAUUCUGGUUUUUGUGUAAAUAAGUGUUGAGCACCACAAAAGUUUUCGUAAUUGAAAGAAACGGUUUGGGGCUAAAACAAGAUAUGUAAAUUGAUUAUCGAUUAAUAAAGAGCUUUUGGUUUCAUUUCGUUAUCUUUAAUAGUUUUCAAGAUAAUUCGAUUUUUUUGUGAGGUUAAGUUUGUCCAACUCCAAUCAGCAACCUUCCACAAAAGUUUCUAUAACUCAAAAUCUUUUGAAUCAAUCAGUUUGAUGCUUAAAUAUGAUUUGUAGAGUGAUUAUUAUUUAUUAAGAUACUUUUGGGUUUAUUGUAAUAUCUUAAAUAGUUUUCAAGAUAUUUCGGUUUUUGUGAGGUUAAGUUUCCUUAAUUUGCUUUUUUCUCGUGUCUGGAAGUUCUUUUUAUUUUAGGUUGUUUCAAUUUUAUUCCAGGUACUUGCUCGCCUAAGUUCUCUGUUAAUAAACAAAUGAACCUCAAGUGCCUGGAAUAAUUUUGUUUUUAUUCCAGGCAUUUGAUCACUUGAAUUCCCUGAUAUUCCCACUUAAUAAACAAAUGGACCUUGAGUGCCUGGAAUAAUUCUGCUUUUAUUCCAGGCAUUUGAUCAUCUAAGAUCCCUGUCUUGAAAAACAAAUGAAGCACAAAUACCUGGAAGAAUUUUGUCAUUAUUCCAGGCAGUUGAUCACCUAAAUUCCCUAAUAUUCCCAUUUAAAAAAACAAAUGAACCUCAAAUGCCUGGAAUAAUUUUGUUAUUAUUCCAGGCAAUUGAUCACUUCCUUGAUAGUCCCAUUUAAUAAACAAAUGAACCUUGAGUGCCUGGAAUAAUUUUGUUUUUAUUCCAGGCAGUUGAUCAUCUAAAUUCCCUGAUAUCCCCACCUAAAAAACAAAUGAAGCGCCUGGAAUAAUUUUGUUUUUAUUCCAGGCAUUUGAUCACUUAAAUUCCCUGAUAUUCCUACUUAAUAAAUAAAUAAACCUCGAGUGCCUGGAAUAACUUUGUUGUUAUUCCAGGCCCUUUGUCACCUAAGUUCUCUGUUAUUCCUUUUUUAAAAAACAAAUAAACCACAAAUACUUGGAAGCACCCUGUUCCUAUUCCAGGCAGUUGAUUACCUAGGCUGCUUGAUAUUUCCAUUAAAAAAAAAAAACAAAUCAAUUUUCUCUUUAUUCCAGGCAGUUGAUCACGUGAAUUCCCUAAUAUUCCCUUUUAAAAAACAAACCUUCCAGGUAGUUGUUCACUUAAAUUUCCUAAUACUUCUACCAAAAACAAAAGAACCUCAAAUGCCUGGAAGAAUUUUGUCCUUAUUCCAGGCAGUUAGUCGAUCACCUAAAUUUCCUAAUAUUCCCACUAAAAAAAACAAAUUCCUGGAAGAAUUCCCUUUUUAUUCCAGACACUUGAUCGCCUCAAUUCCCGCUUUUUUCAUCACCAAAUUGCUCUUUAAUAAAUCAAAAUUGUCUGAAAUCACAGUAGGCGUCGACUACAACGCUUCACUUUUCUCCGCUAGAUGCGUCGUGCCUGUUUAAAUUUUCAAAAGGGCCGCCAAAAGAACUAAGAGAGACGUUUUUUGAGACUGCGCAGGUGUCUUAUAGUAGAGGUUAAGCAACGAAGAGAGCAUUUACGUGCAAUAUAUUUUCAACUAAAACGAUUUUUGACCGUAAGAUGGCAGUAUCUGUAAGCAUUCCAAUUGUUAUUCACGACCAACCAAAGAUUCACUUCAUUAUCGCUUCAUGGUAGGACCGGUUUGUUUUAUCUUGGUUUUCUGCACUCAUGUCAUGUUUUUUGUACAUUUACACCCGCCCAUCCAUAAAAAGACAUUUUAACCGAUAUUUAUUUAUUAAAAAAUGGAAUAGCGUAAAGAGGGAGGCAGUGGGCCCUUAUAUCUGGUUGUUCUUAUCUUGCUUGGUAUUUAAGAGUCUCACUUUAUUACCGGUAUUUUCAAGCUCUCUUUUUAACCGACAUUUUGUUCGGCCAUUUUUUUUUCUGCUUGAUAGCUUAGUGUCAAGUGUCACUUAAACUGUUUGUUUAGAAUACUGCCAUAGUUAUAUCAUAUUAUAUAUAUAUAUAUAUAUAUAAAUAUAUUAGAGAGAUUAAGUAACAGAUUUUUAGCAUUUAUUUUUAACAUAUUAUGUGUAUGUACUACGCUUUAUAUAUAUACAUAAGUAUUUGAAAUUGGGUCUGUAUCACGUUUAGACUUAAUUUGAGACACUCGGUAUAUUAUGAUAUAAAUAGAUAGAGUUAUAUGUAUGUAGGUUAAGCGAUCGCAAUAAAAUGUUUUAUCUUUUGUUGAUUAUAUAAAAAAAAAAUUGUGCAAAAUCGAAUACUUUUCGUUUCUAUGUUCGUAGGACCCGAAAUAGGGACAUAAAUCCUGUAGGAGUGUUUCUUAGGUGCUCAGGUUAUUUCGCUAUUUAAAGCAUUUGCAAAUUACAUUUUUUUUUUUAAUACAUGAUGCCUAUAUAAAGUAAGUUUUAGCGUAUAAGGUGUGUUAAUCGUUAAAGUGUAAGUUUUCGGGAUUAGAACGGACAAAUUAAUAAAAAUGUAUUCAGUGGGAA